GAAACUGAACACUGAUCAAACUGGAACCACAGAAACCAAAAGGAAAAAUAGAGUGACCAGCUGGUUAUGCAUAAUCCCACAACAACCCAAUUGUCUCAGCAUUUCUUUGAGGAAAGUAUUCACGUAAUCAUCACGUACGCACGAACAGCCAAUCAAAGACCAGCAUUCGCUCAGUUCUGUCCACAGCCUGGUGACAUAGUUUCGCACCUUAGAUUCCCCUAACAGAAAAUCCGUCCCCCCAAAUUCUCCGAAAUACCCUUCUACGAUUACGAAAUUCCAUGCUCGGCACCAUCCUAUUCAGAAAUAGAAAUAAAAGGAAGAAAAUAAUAAUUAUAUAUUUUAUUAUUAUUCUCUCUCACCCCCUAUUGAGCGCGCGCGCCAGAGAGAGAGGGAUGAGAUAGAUCACUUACGUUUUCACAGAGAAAGUCACCGUCACUCAGAGAGAGAACGAGAGAGCCUCGAAUAUUUGGGAAAAUUUUAAUAGAUUUUUUCAAGUAUUAACUGGUCGAUUUCGGAGAGUUUUGAGUUCAGUUUUUUUAAGGUUUUUGUUGUUUUUUUAUUUUUUAUUUUUUGUUGUUUUUAUUUUUAUUUUUUAUUAUUCUGCGGAAAUAGAAACAAAUAAUAAUUGAUUGCGUAUCUAGGGUUUGGUAUUUUGGUACUGGUUAGGGUUUGUUUGAUCGGGAAUCAGUUGCUUUAGUUUAUUUUUGUUUAUGUUUUGGAGUAUUUCGUGUGAUGUGAGCUGGUCGCGAGCGUAUUGGUUUUUAGGGUUUCAAUGGGAAGCACCGGUGAGCAUGACCGGAAACGACGUCACUUCAACUCCAUAUCCCCGACUGCCGCUGCUGCUAAAAAGCAGCCUUUCUCGUCCAUGUCCGAGGAUAAAAAGCUUGAUAUUACUGUUCUUCAAUAUCAAAACCAAAAGCUAAUACAGAAGUUAGAGGCUCAGAAAUUUGAGCAUGCCGCUCUUGAGAGUAAGUUAUCUCAACUAAAGGAGAAACAGCAGCCAUAUGACUCCACAUUAACAGUGGUCAAUAAGUCUUGGGAAGAGCUGGUUAAUGACUUGGAAUCAUGUUCCAUCCAUACAAGAGAUUCAAGUUGCAAGUACGAAGUCCAGCACAAGCCAGCCAUGGAAGUUGGAGCUCAAUCUAUUUUCCAGGAGGCUUUUCUAAGUCGACUUACAGAAACAGGUGCAACCGAAAGUUCAUCUACGUAUGACCUCCCUAAUCAGAUGGAAGUAGAUAGAGAACCUGCCUGCGAGAAGACUAAGAAGAUCAUGCAUAAUUUAGCUGCUGCAAUUGAUAAUUUGUGGCAUCUAAAGGAUGGAGUAUAUAUUGAACUAGUGAAAAAGACUUCAGAAGAUGGUUCUUGUAGGCAAGAGACAUCAGCUGCUUUAGAUACAGAAGUUAGGAACUUGAGAUUGGCAUUUGUUGAUGUUCUUUUGAAGCAUAGAUCCGUUGCAAAAAAACUGCAGAGCCACCAAGUUGUUGAUGCAAAGAAUAAAGCUGCACUUAAACGUUUGAGAGGGGAGUUGGAAAGUACAGUUGCUGAACUAGAAGAGAGUAACUGCAAAUUAGCAUCUCUUAAAGCUCAGAGAGAUUCUGCAAAAGGUGCAAUAUUUCCAGUUUUAAAUCUAGGGAGCAAACAUGUUGGUGGUGAUAAAGUUAGAGAUAAGGCAAAAGAUAUGCAAGAUAUGGAGUCUGCUCUCAAAGAGCUAAUGGACCAAGCUUCAUCUCGAUUAGUGGAAAUAAAAGGUCUUCAUGAAGAAAGGAUAAACAUACUGCAUCAGUUGUCUGAUUUGCAGAAAACAUUGAAGAAUGUGACAAGUAUUUCUUCCUCCCAAGCUUAUCUUCUAGUGAGAGAUCAAAUCGAGAAGUCCAAAUCCGAAGUUUUCGGGUAUCAGGCCAUGUAUGAGAAACUACAGGCUGAGAAGGAUAAUCUUGUCUGGAGGGAAAGAGAACUGAAUGUUAAAAAUGAUGUAGUAGAUGUUGUUCGAAGAUCGUGUAUACUUGUGGAUUCUAGAGUAACUGAUCUCAGGAUAGAAAUACAGAAACAAAUUGAUCAAAGAAAAAUGAUCGAGGCUAAAUUGGAAGAGGCCUCAAAAGAACCAGGAAGGAAAGAAAUCAUUGCAGAAUUUAAAGCUUUGGUUUCUUCAUUUCCUGAGGAAAUGGGAAAUAUGCAAGGUCAAUUGCGUAAAUAUAAGGAGGCUGCUUCAGAUGUUCAUUCUUUGCGGGCAGAUGUGCAAUCUCUUUCAAGCACUCUUGAUAGGAAGUUGAAACAGUGUGAAACUUUAUCCUCGAGAUCCACAGAGCAGGUUGCUGAGAUACAGCUGUUGCAAUCUGUGGUCCAAGAUUUAAAGGAGAGUGAGUUGGAGUUAAUGCUGAUUAUGGAAAUGUUUAGACGUGAAUCCACUGAUACAAGGGAAGUCCUGGAAGCCAGGGAUUUGGAAUACAAGGCAUGGGCUCAUGUUCAAAGUUUGAAGUCCUCGCUUGAUGAACACAAUUUGGAAUUACGAGUUAAGACGGCGAAUGAAGCUGAGGCCAUAUCUCAACAAAGAUUAGCUGCAGCAGAAGCUGAGAUUGCUGACCUGAGACAGAAGUUGGAAGCUUCUAAGAGGGAUGCAUCAAGACUUUCGGAUGAUUUAAAAUCCAAAAAUGAAGAAAAUGAGGCUUACUUAUCAGAAAUUGAGACGAUUGGACAAGCAUAUGACGAUAUGCAAACUCAAAACCAACAUCUAUUGCAGCAAAUUACUGAGAGAGAUGACUAUAACAUUAAGCUUGUUUUAGAGGGUCUGAGGGCAAGACAGCUGCGGGAUGCUCUAUUUAUGGAAAAAAGAACACUGGAGAGGGAGAUCCAACAGGCCAAUUCAUCUCUUAAUUUCUAUGACAUGAAAGCUGCAAGGAUUGAUGAGCAGUUGAAUAUUUGCUCUGAACAGGUGCAGAGACUUGCAGAAGAGAAGUUACAAAGUUCAGGUUCUUUGGAAAAUACCCAAAAGAGAUUGCUGGAUGUCAGAAGAUUGUCUCAGCAAGCACGGGAGUCACUCGAGGAAUCACAAUCUAAGGUUGAUAGAAGUCGAGUGGCUCAUUUAGAGCUGCAGUUAGAACUAGAGAAAGAAAGGUUUGAAAAGAAAAGAAUUGAGGAGGAGUUGGAAAUUUUAAGGAGAAAGGGUUCACGACUUCGAGCACAGACAGAAGGCUCAUCCAUUAUUGAAAAGCUUCAACAGGAACUUGGAGAAUAUAGAGAAAUAUUAAAGUGUUCUAUCUGCCUUGACAGGACAAAACAGGUCGCAAUUACAAAAUGCUACCACUUGUUCUGCAAUCCCUGCGUGCAACAAAUUAUAGAAACUCGUCAUCGCAAGUGUCCAACAUGUUCCACAAGUUUUGGACCUAAUGAUGUCAAAUCUGUAUACAUUUGAGGGUCUUCGAGUCUCUGAGAAGAGAUGAACUCUUUACCGUAUAAGAGAACAUUGGAGGAGAUGAAAAGAAAACCAAGAGAACAAGGCCAUAAAAAGCAUAUUAAUAGGUUGAUCUCUUUACUUAAUUGGUACCAAUUUUGAGGGUUUGUUCAAACUUCAUACGCUAUGAAAUAUGACAACGUUUGAGAUGACGCACAUAUCAACAAGCUCACAUAUUUACUCGGUAUGUUUUUGGAAAAAUACUAUGCACAAUUUAUAUAUAGGAAACAUCAGUGACAAGGAAAUAAUUACGAGCAAGGCCAUGGUUACAUCAUCAUCUAGACUAAAGUCCAAUAUACCAUCCUCGAUAUUGCAAUUUAAACCUGCAAGUCCAAAUAAAUGAUAAGAGAUUGUUAGAAAAACGAACAAAUUAUCUUCUGAAAUAAAAUAAAGGAAAUAGAAAGAAAAAAAAA